ACCCGCAGUAAUUGUAUAGAUGUUGCAAAGCACGUAAACCUUAACGUUUGUUUGCCCCUGCAAAUGCAUAAAUUCACAUGUGCCUUGAGUUUCUAUGGCAACAACAGCAAACACGGUUCUUAGUUUGCUCGCCGGGAUCGUCAGACAUAACCUGCAGUUAACUGCAGGUUUUAAAAAGGGUUAACACUAGCUUCUUGUUAAAAUCAAUUGCUGUCGGUUUUUACAUUUUGAUUUCAUGUUAAUGGUUGUGUUGUAAAGUAAAGUUACAAAGCUGAAGUGUUAGAAGUUAGCUUGCUUCUUUGGCAGCUAACAGUCCGUGCAUUUAUAGUUAGCUAACGGUCAGUUAAUUAUCAGCUGGUGUUCUACGGUGGCCCACUUUUUUUUUUUUUAAAUCAAACUAAAAUUGACGAGGAUGUCUGAUGUGGAUGAAGAUGCAGUCAUGUCGGAUGUAGACUGGCAGGAAGAAAUGCAUCAAGACGGAGUCGAAGAGGACGAGAAGGUCCAGCUUUGCCAUUUGACCCAAGAAACCAUAAGUCAGGGGCUCUCAUUACUGUGCCGAACAGGAAAUGGACUAGGGCAUGCAUUUGUCAAACUGGACUUAAAAGACAAAGGACUGAAUGACAUAGCUGCAAUUAGCAGUUAUAUUCACCUUCGUUUUCUGGACAUAUCCAACAACCGUCUUAUUGAUCUCUCUCCUCUGGCAUCUCUGACUCAACUUCUUUGGCUGAAGGUUGACAAUAAUGCUGUGGCAUGCUUCAAAGGGCAACCUUUCGCUCACUUAAACUACCUGCAAUGGCUGAGUAUGGCAGUGAACCAGCUGACAGAACUAGAUGGCCUAGUUGGACCUGCUUUAGAGAGCCUCAAUCUUACAGGUAACAGUAUUAAGACAGUGAAAGGUCUUCAAAGUAGCUGUUUUGCCAACCUGGUAACUCUAGAGCUGAGAGGAAACCACUUGGAUACCACUGAUGGCAUCAAUCUUCCCAACCUGCGACGAUUAUAUCUGGCCCAAAACAUGAUCAAGCGUUUGGAGGGUUUGGAGAAGUUAGAGCGGCUCACCACCCUUCAUCUUCGAGACAACAGGCUAGAUUCUCUGGAAGGUCUCAGCCCCAGCAUGAAGUGUCUCCAAUACCUCAAUGUCAGAGGCAAUGCAAUCUUAGAUGAGAAUGCCCUGCAGCACCUUGGACUUUUGUCAAAAACUCUGCGUGCUUUGGUCAUUUCUGAGAACCCACUGGUGGAAACAACAGACCACCGGCUGAGUGUACUGACUUUCGUGCCACAAUUGGAGCGAAUUGACAAAGAUCCUGUCUCCCCUGAGGAGAGGUCUGAGGCCUGGGAGAGAAUCAAGGAACUUAGAGAAGAGGAAAUACCUGACCCAUAAGAUUUGUAAUGGGGGCAAAAAUGAGGAAGUGUUUGACUUCCUUGACUUUCUUGAAAAGAAUUUGGCUGGGUGACUGUGAUUGCAUUUUCUGUGAGAUAAGUAUUGUGUAUCUUGAUUAAGUAUCUUGUAUGAUGCAUAAUCUAUAAAUUUGUACAUUAAGCUUGUGUCAUUACACAAGCAACUACUACAGCCAAUUUACUUUUUCAACAAUAAAAUUUAGAAAAUGGUUAUUUCUGAUGCAUCCAUUGACAUGUACAAAUGCAGGUAAUCCACUGAAGUUACAAAGCAAGGUGUCAGUGGCUAAGAAAUAAGAAAUAAAUUGGUAUCAGUUGCCUCUCCAAACUGUUCUGUUUCCCUGAGUAAGGAUGAGAGGGCAAAAUCUGACUCCAUUUCCCUAUUGGCAGCCAUCCAGCUGCAGCUUUAAAGGGACAGUGACAUGAUGAUAUGUAUGGACAGUAAACAUGUAUGCUGAGGUAUACUAUCAGUAUAAGUAGAGAGUGUUCAUAUUGUAUCAGAUAAUACAAUUGUUUCUGACUAAUAGCUGUAUCUGAAGUUGCCAGUGGCAUUUCCACACAUCAUACUGCUGUCACAACCAGGAAGUUAAAUGCCCACUUCACUGAAAAAUUUGCUUUGCAUUUCAUUAAUAUUUCAGAAUGGUGGGUGAAAUUGCUGUCGUAUUUCCUGAUAAUUUCACACCAAAGCUAUAUAAUUAUCUACAGGUCUCCACACAUUGACUACCUUUAAAGAUACUCUUGAUUUAUACCCGCAUGUGCGUUCCACGCUCUUGUUGUGAAUAUUUUGGUGAUUUGCUCAUUUAAAAAUAAAGAAAAUGAUAAGAA